AUGUAUCAACCUCUACCCGAGAACGCGAUUCGAGUGCUUUACCUGUACCCAGGUACCGGGGCAGAUCCUCUAAACUGCAAGCUCGUCCAUGUCGAUCUGAGCGAGAAGCCACAGUUCGAAGCAGUCAGCUACCUCUGGGGUUCAGCCUUGGACCGGAGUGAAAUUGCCAUCGAAGGUUUCGCAAAACACCUCGUAAUCACAGAAAGUGGUGCUCAAGCUCUACGACGUCUUCGCCAUGCCACUGAGCCGAGGGCACUGUGGAUGGAUCAAAUCUGCAUCAAUCAGACGGAUGUGGCUGAACGCUCUAAACAAGUCGGCAUAAUGCACCGGAUCUUCAGUGGCGCGGACCGUGUUUUGAUGUAUCUUGGCGAUGACGCGGGGGCACUUGCGAGUUAUGCAAAGGAGUUUAUUGAGGAUGUGCAAGACAGGUGGGAAACAGGAGCGAAAGCACAUGGUGAUGACGUUCGGACGAUGGAGCAUGAGAGGUUGCCAUCGCCUGAUUCGAAGAAGUGGGUGGCGUUCAGGACUUUGAUGAGCUUACGGUAUUUUAGGAGAGUGUGGAUGCUACAGGAAGUCAUGCUAGCGACUGAAGCGACAGCGUUCUGGGGAGACUGCGAAAUUCCGUGGAUGCACAUUGCGCGGGCUGCUGCUUGG